CCAUCGAUGGUCUCUCCAGUCUUGUUCUGUCUUGGUUCUGUCAAGUACAUAGUAGGAAUCCUUCAUAUAGUCACAUCGGCAGCUGGUCGUGUCCUUUGCGUUUCCUCUCUGAAUAUCGCUGCGUUCCAGAUUUCGUGUAAAGACCUAACAAUCUUGUUGUGUUCCAAUCGCAUCAAGUGGCAUUUCAAAACAAGUGGCAAGAAAUGGCGGUUGCUUUCAUUGGUCCAACGCCUCCACGCAUUUUCCUCGACAACUUGCUGGUACCUUCAGAUCCAAUGUGGACAUUCAAAUCAAUGCCCGUCGUCGAUUUCUCUACGGUUCUUUCUGGGAGAACUUGUGGGAACGACUCAGAGGUAUACCAACCCCUUAGCGACGCUGUCAAUAACUCUGGCAUCUGCGCAGGGUUCAAGUUGAUCCUGGCUACAAACACAGAGGACCCGCAAGCUCGGCUGCGUCCCGACCUCGUGCUGGUCAAAAGCCACGCGGACGAUGUAAACAGUUUCAGCGUAAUGGAUCUCUUUAUUGAUUGUAGUGUCGACGCAAAUGACGACGCGUUCUGCGGGUCUUUCAAGGACAAAGACAUCGACCCAGACUCAGAGGAGAAAACUGAGGAAAGGAGUGAGGACUCUCGUAUACGGCAGAUAUCAUAUGUCGUUGCGACUAUGUCUCGUCAACACAGGGUCUUCAUAUUCUCUCUCGCCAUCUGCGGUCGGUAUAUUCGCUUCUUACGUUGGGACUGUGUUGGGUGUAUUGUCUCAGAAUGCAUUGACUAUCAGAAGAACCCGGAACUCGUAGCGGAAUUCUUUUGGCGGUACAGUCAUAUGACUGACCGAGAACGCGGAUUCGACGUCACUGUCCGACGUGCUGAUCAAGAGCAGGCCGACCUGCUAACGGCUGCGAUAGAGGCCUUCAUCAAGCAGUCGAGGCCCCGCGAUAUGUCGUACCUUCGUGCUAGUAUGGAUCCCACCUAUGCUACCUGUAGCGUUUGCAUGGAUGACGAAGAGGGAGAUGCUCGGCACUUCAUCAUUCGUCAGCCAUUCUGGGAUGCGAACUUGGCUUGUGGGCGCGCUACCAGGGCGUAUGCUGCGUAUGACACAACAGAGAAGAAGCUAGUGUUCCUGAAGGACUCAUGGCGUGCCGAAAACAAUGAUAUUAUGUGCGAAGUUGACAUAUACAAUCACUUGCAGGACAACAAGGUCCCAUUCCUACCGAAAAUCCUCCUUGCUGAUGAUGUGAAAGUCGACGGCAGUGAGCAGCGAACAUUUUCUGACCAAUGGUCCACUCCGGAUAUCUUCCCCGAGUGGCGCUCACCCUGUGACUGGCUCUGGGCACAUAUACACUGUCGAAUUGUACAAGAGCUUGCGUACCCUGUCGCAUCUGCCCAGUCCUCACGGGAAGCUGUUCAAGCUCUUCGUGAUGUGAUCGAAUCAAUUAAAGUCGCAUACGAAUCCGGAAAGAUUCUUCAUCGAGAUAUCAGUACCGGCAACGUCAUGAUCAGUAAAGAGGGCCGGGGGAUCCUCAAUGACUGGGACAACGCUCUCAGACUAAUUCCUGGUGAAGAAUUUCAUGCAUCUCGAACGGGAACUUGGCAGUUUAUAUCUAUGGCUUUACUUCAGGAGCCCAACAAGCCGCAUGAGGUUCGCGAUGAUCUCGAAUCUUGUUUCUGGGUUCUCCUCUAUGUUUCUCUCCAUUAUUUCAAACACAAUGGUCGUGAGGUAGACUUCAAGCUUGAUUUUUUCGAUGAAAUCAAAGAACGGAGGAUGGACAAGGCUCCGUAUCAGUCAGUUGGAGGCAACUUAAAAAUUGCUCUUCUCAUUGCUGACGAACUCGAUGAGGUACGGUGGGAAUGUCAUCCUCUCGACGAACUCGUACACACCUUAGCGCGGUUAUGGAGGCUGGCUUUCGCCUUGGACGGUAAAUUAGCUCGCAUAUUGGGCAAACUCGCGGAGAAGGAUAUUCUCUCCAGCGCUCUGGAAAAAGUUUCACUAGUGCUGGAUAUGUUUGAUACUGCGCUAGCAUCUGAAGGGUGGAAUGACAAGGACGUGAUCGCCGAUCAAUAUUCUGGCAAGUACCAGCCAAACAUGGACAAGGGCGUCGCAAAAAGGAAGACGAGAUCUACUGCCAGUGUCGUUUUCCAAUCUCAGGCCGUCGUGGCUCCCACCAGACGAACGGCAACUGGUGUGGUGCCUGCUCACGCCUCCCCUCCCCCUGUUGCCCCUUGGUUUGGUAUUAUGCAAUGCUAUCAAUCAAAUACUUAUCCGACAGCCGAAAAGAUGGCUUUCUUGCGACGACUUGCCAUGCCACGGGCUUCAGGUAGCAAAAAGAGAACCAUAGAUGAUGCUCAAGCGGAAGAGCAAAACAUGCCUGUUAGUAGCUCAAAGCGAAUAAAGACUGGGGACCCACCAUUAUCAUCAGGCCAACGUUCAACUUACGUACCUGCUGCUCCCCCGCACCCAGCUUCUUCUUCCGUCAGAUCGCCCACCCAACCAUCUUCCUUUUCUGCUCCAACAUUUCCCACCGCUGAAGCUAAUAGAUCUCCUCACGGGUCAUCGCGCCUUGACAGAUUGCCUUCUCUCGGAGUCCACCACCGUUACUUGACCCGCUCAAAACCAAAGCUUAAUAAUGUUCAGGCUAGUAAGAAUCGCGAGGACAGCCUUAAAGAAGCGCCUCCGGAGGAUGUGAAAGCAUACGAACAUCGGUACCCGACACGUUCAAAAUCAAACCUCAAACGUCCUGGUCCGCAGCAUCCCCCCAGACUAUUGAAUACUCAGACGCAACUGAAUGUCAAGAAAAACAAUAGGUCGACUGCUAGCGAUAGUAAAGGAACCUAAGCAAAGUCAAAAAACCGUCGACGACGUCGAUGAUCCUUUAUUUUUCCUCACCCCAGCAGAAUUCCUAGCGAACUUUGUCUGUGUAUUGGCAAUACACAUUACGCUCUUGUUCAGUUGUCCUUGCUCUCGGACCUCACUGCCAGAUGCUAGCCGUCACAGGGCACGGGAAUGUGACAUGCGGCGAGACGUGACAAUUCGCGUAGUGUUCCGAGUCGUUGUUUCAUCGAAUAUCAUCUGCUUUCUUUAUCCUCUGAGUCUAAAGCCAAAAGAUUUCUUGGGACCCCU